UAUUUCCUUUUUAUGUUUUUUUCGGAAAUAUGCUUAGGUUUAGAAAAAUAUAAAAAUAAGUAGUCCUGUGAUAUUUGAGGUUUAUAAAUUAAAUAUAUCUUGAGUAAAUGCAAUGGAAAAAGGAGAAAUUAAAAACAAACUAAUUAUUAAAGCUUGCUUUAUUUUAUUGUUCUUUCUCGUUGAGCCGUUUUGUGUUCAAAAAGAUACUUAGUUGUAAAACGAUUAUAAAUGGGGAAGUACCCUAUAGUCUCUCUUCCUUAACUCUCUCUCUCUCUCUUUAACUUUGGUGAAUCUCCCAUAUCCGAGACAAAAAAUCUCAAAUCCACCUGUCUCCAACAAGAAUCUAUCUAACAAAAUCAUCACUUCACUUCCCAAUUGCAGGGUUAGAAGUCUAAGAAUCUUAAGGCAAAUUUAAUGUCUCGACAGAGGAUCUCACCGCAGUUUCAGUUAUCGAAAAAGGAAAGGUUUGGAGACAACGAAGGCAUGUCGAGACAGAAACAGGGGAAGUACAGUUUCACGAGGAAGUGUGGGAGAUUGGUGAAAGAACAAAGAGCUCGCUUUUACAUCAUGCGGAGAUGCGUCGUUAUGCUUAUUUGCUGGACUGAUAAUCAUAAUACCUACUCCGACCACUACUAGCUAAAUCAAUCAUCAAAACCCUCUCUCUUCUUCUUCUUCUAGCCGCAGUUUUAGUCUAUGAAAGUAGAUUAGAGAUACAAAUGUACAUAAGGGAUUCUAGUGUCUCGUUUCAACGUUUCAACGUAUUAGUUGUAAUUUAGAUUCGAAUGUUUGUGACUUUGUGUUAUGUUUUUGGUUAUCACUUAUCAGUUUCAGUGUAUGCACUUGAACAAUAGAGAAUAUAAAAUAUAAAUAUAUCA